CGAGCGGGAGGAAGAGCAAGGGCCACACUGCAGUAUAUAUUGAGGGAAGCCGGGAGGCAAGGCACAGUUCGGCUCUCCUCCCGUUCAGCGACAUGAAGACUCUGGUUGUUUUGGCAGUGAUGGUGGCGACCACCGCCCAUCAGGCCUGCGGCAUCCCUGUACCCGGCACUCUCUCCCACGGCACCCACGCCUACGGUUAUGGGCAGGCGCCCUACUUGGGUAGGCUGGCUUCCAGUGUUCCCGCCAGCGUCCCUGUCUCAGACAACUACGAGUUGGCGGCCGCCCGUGACCAGUUCUUCAGAGCCUACCAGGACCAGCUGAACACCAUCUACGCCCUCCGUGCCACCAAAUCCGGCUAUCACGACUCCCAAGGCCGCUUACUCGGACACCACGGCUCUGCUGGCGCCAGGCACGCGUCCCACGGAACACAUUCCUCUUAUGGCACCCACGCCUACGGUUAUGGGCAGGCGCCUUACGUGAGUCGGCUGGCUUCCAGUGUUCCCGCCGGCGUCCCUGUCUCGGACACCUACGAGUUGGCGGCAGCCCGUGACCAGUUCUUCAGAGCCUACCAGGACCAGCUGAACACCAUCUACGCCAUCCGUGCCACCAAAUCCGGCUAUCACGACUCCCAAGGCCGCUUACUCGGACACCACGGCUCUGCUGGCGCCGUGCACGCGUCCCACGGAACACACUCCUCUUAUGGCACCCCAGCUGUGCACGAUCCCGUCGUACAUACUUCUCAAGCCGUGGAUGCUCCCGUCGUUUACAAUUCCCAUGCCGUGCACGCCCCCGUCGUGCACGCUUCCCACGCCGCGCACGCCUCCCCCGCCGUGCACCACAAGGCCGAGCGGGAGGAAGAGCGAGGCCACACUGCAGUAUAUAUUGAGGGAAGCCGGGAGGCAAGGCACAGUUGGGCUCUCCUCCCGUUCAGCGACAUGAAGACUCUGGUUGUUUUGGCAGUGAUGGUGGCGACCACCGCCCAUCAGGCCUACGGCAUCCCUGUACCUGGCAUUCCCUCCCACGGCACUCACGCUUACGGUUAUGGGCAGGCCCCCUAUGUGGGUCCCCUGGCUUCCAGUGUUCCCGCCGGCAUCGGCGGCAAGGUCAUCCCUGUCUCGGACACCUACGAGGUGGCGGCCGCCCGUGACCAGUUCUUCAGAGCCUACCAGGACCAGCUAAACACCAUCUACGCCAUCCGUGCCAACCGCCCCGCCUACCACAACACCUAUGGCUAUGGACACGGACACCACGCUCCCGUCGUGCACACUUCCCACGCCGUGCACGCUCCUGUCGUGCACACUUCCCACGCCGUGCGCACCCCUGUCGUACACACUUCCCAUGCCGUGCACGCCCCCGUCGUGCACACUUCCCACGCUGUGCACGCCUCCCCCGCCGUGCACCACAAUUAUUAAAACAACAGCCAGAAGGAACAUGUCGAAAGUAGCGGUUUCAGACCGAGUUCUUCUCGACGUAACAAACUGACACAUCUUUCUUCGCUGCCAGAACGACACUAUGACAACUGACGUCUCCAGCACACCCGAUCUUGUCAAAUAUGUGUACGUACAUGUCAAUAAAUAAUAAACAUCUUUCAUGAA